GAGUACCCACCCAAUGAAACCCUAGCCUUUCCCCUUCCCGAUCUCAAACGCGCCGCCGACGGCGUUCCCCACCCAGAACGAGAUGGCGAGAGAGUCCACGGCUAGCGAAAUCUUCCGCCGUCGCCUGAUGAUCGAUGGUGUCGACCGGAAAGACGCCAAAGACAACCAGUCCGCGGCGCUGGAUCACCUCCACGAUUACUACAAGAAGGCGCUCCAUCGACUACCGCCCAAGCUGAUCCCGAGCCUCCUCGAGGCCGGCUUCAGCUUCGGUUUCCUCGACCCCGUCUCCAACAUCAUCGCCAACACCGUCUCCCAAGAGCUACAAAAGAGUAGGAAGAGGAAGAGAUCACGGGCCGGCAGCUACACCAACACAAAGAAGGGGAAGGAAAAGAAGCAUUCGCAGGGACUGAGGGACACGGCCAUCUCCAAGAUCAUCAGAGAGUCUAGCAAAGACAUCUUACUCGUACCCCGGUUCACCACACUCCGGAACAGCAGCAUUGCUGCCCGAUCUCUUGCCGGCCUCGUUACUUUCCUCAUCUCCUACUUCCGCUACCUUACCACCUGUGAUGCCCUCCGCUACCUGCGUUUGUCAGAAGCCGACCUUCUCGUCGCUGUGCGUCUCAUCCACGAAGAUCGUGACAUCCACACCUUCACCAUCCACGUCCCUACUGCAAAAAUAGCUCUGCAAUGUGCUGCCAUCUCCGCGUUGCAUCCCACUGUCGCCAUAUUGGUGUCUCGAUCCUUCUCGCUGGCUUCCUGUGUGGACAAGGCCUCCAACCUUCUAGCGACACAGGACUGCAUCAGCUAUUCCAAUAUAAUGGAACUCUCCAAGUUAUUCACCUCCAGCAAGGAUACGAUAAACCAAUUGAAUCAUGUACAUCACGCAGUUUCAAAGAUGCAACGCAGAAAAAGGAAGACUAUUCUGGUUGAGCUUGGGCUAGAAAUCUCUCUCAAGAUGGUGCUUCUUGAUCGAAUCCAUCUGUUCUACCUCAAGGCGAUUUCCUGCAUACCAAAGAAUGACUUGUGCUCACGCCACCACCGUGGUCUCCUUAAGGCUGGCCACUGCUACGGUCCUUUCGAUCCUGUGACCAACAUCAUCCUCAACACCAUUUGGUAUGACACCAUGUUUCCUCCAAGUCAAAAGUUUGAGGUUGAAAUGAUCUGCACAAAGAGCCUCGCGCGCACCGAGUUCCUCUCCCUAUGUGGUCUUGUUGGCUACAUCUGUGCCUGCUUCCCUGCUUAUUCUGUAUAUGAAGCUAUGAAGUGCCUGCUUCUCUGCAACGCCAGAAUUGAUCGGGUCAUUGAUGAAACAGCAAAAGAACAAGGUCACGAUGGACACAUCCCUUUUUCUGAAUCUUUUGCGUAUGAUACAGCAGCUCGCACAGCACGUCAUCCCAGCCCUACUGCACUCGUAGAAUUUGCAAUGACACUGAUGCCACAGGUAGGGAAAACCCUUCAGUCAACACUUGAGAUUAAGCAGGUCCUCUCUUCCAGUGAUGUUUGUGCGAUAUCUAGAACUUUUUCACAAACAUUACCGCCUGCCAAAUCUUUGGAGCCGGUUGAGAAAUUGAGCGAGAAUGCCUCCAAGAUUAUAUCUGAGCACCAGGAUAACUUUAAGGCUUGCCAGAGUAUAAUUGUCAAAAAAGCUGAAGCUGCAUUACACAGAUAUGCAAAAAAGACGGGACAGGAAUACGAGCUUCAUUUUAUCUGUGAUGUGAAUUCUACAAUACCUGAGCAUGGCGCAUGCUACUGCCCGCACAGCUACAAAUACCCAUUUGCUCACAUGAAUGUCUGGGCAAGACGAAGAGGUUCCCAGAACGUUGAUCAAGUUCCAACGCUCUUCUUCAUCCAGUUUAACAAUAGGGAUGAAGACAUGGAAAGUGUGGCAUUUUUGUGCUGUCCUAUAUUUGAUCUAUCAAAAGAUGCUGAGGAUAAUGCCCAACUCAUUUGAUGGGUCACUUGACUUCUUUACGGUUAUGCCACCUAAUCCGUUGGAUAUAUCCAAGGAUGAGGAGCACUGCUUAUUGUCCCUUUUAGUUGAGUAUUUAGAGCAAUGUGAGGGACAUUGGGACCCAGAGAGAGUUCCAGAAUCAAUGUACAAGCAUUUGCAACUACUGCUUCAUAUCAUGUUGCAUUUACAAGUUAAUAUCAUCUGUGAGCAAGCGUACACUUUGGCUAAAGCUGUUGUGGCAAGUUCUGGUGCGUUUGAUGAGAAUUUUGCGGAGAUUGAUGCAUGGUUUGGUUUUCUUGCCUGGUUGUGAAGCCAAAAUUGUGUGUAGAGCCUAGAAGUUCGAUUAUCUAAUAAAUUGGCACACAUUGUGAUCCCUUUCAUCUGCGAUGUUGUCUCAGUGGUUGGGAACAAUCUGUACAAAUACCAAGAGCACAUGCGGAAGUUCAUCUUUUAAAUCAGGCCAACUUGAAGGUACUAUUUUCUUUGGUGACAUGAAUGAUAGUAUUACGCUUUUCUGAAAUUCAUCUCAUAUGGUUUCACUUUCUUAUUGAUCAUUAGCUGGUUUGCUUGGUUGUUAGGUUCCAUCUGAUCUGAUACAAUGCCAUAUAUCUAUGUUAUCGGUACCUGUAGGUUGUGGUGCAAAACAACAUGGAAAAUAGAUGGCUGAUUUUCAGUAAACUUUUCACGCGUCACCUGAAAUUCAAGGAGUUGAGAAACUAAUAUUUGUGUUGUUCUGUGCUGACAUCCUCAUACGACCUUAAUUCCAAGGUCCUUAGUUGCUUAAUUACGUCCGCUUAUGUAUCUUCGUUUUGGUGUCUCUGGAUUAUUAUUAGUGCAGUUCAGUAGUAGUCAUUCUUGGCACUGCUAAAUUCUAUUUGGAAUGCCGGCAUAAGUACUAAAACAAAAACAACCUUAUAUAACUUCUUGUGCAUCAUCAUAUGCGUGUCCGGACCACUUCAGGGAGGCAUGUUGUGGAAGCAUCAGGUUGAAGGCUUGUGCUAAGUGGGAGAUAUGGUGAAAGCAGAAAAGGGGAAAGGCUCUAGAUUGUUGGAUUGGGACUCUGCAUGGAAAAUGUUUGUCGGCUUGACAGGCUAGGAUUGGGCACUUCUCUGGGUUGCUCUUUGCUUAUACAGGCAAAAAGUUAUAUUGCAUUUCCACUGACUACAGUUCAUCUCUACAUUCUAGCAAGUAUGUUAAUUGAAGAGCUUUUCUCAUUGUCAUAGAAGAUAAUUUGAUAGAUUCAAAACAUAUCUAUCUAUUUUUGCUAAUUUCUUUGUUUCUUAAGUAGAUGGUAAUUUCUUUUAAAAAAGGAAGUAGGAUGGAUGUUUAUAUAAAGAGAAUUUUUGUACAUGGGUACCUUUAUUUACUGUCGUUUGGAGUGAAAUAAUAGCAAGUUCUAGAAAUUAGAAGGAUUUCGAUGCUAAUCCUGAGACACCAAAGGAUUGCACUAUUAGUAGCGGUCUGAAUGUAAGGAAACAAGUUGUUUUACGGAAGAUAAGAAUAUUUAUCUGUUUGUGGUGAUAGAAUAUCUUUUUGGGUUUGUAAGACACUAAGACUAUGGUGACAAGUACAUAUCUCUGGAUUAGGUUGACGUUUACCUAAUGCCCAUAUAUUCUGUCUUGUUCAUGUUUCAUGCAGGUUUCUCUGUGAAGAUUUGGGUUGUUAGUGAUGUUCAAGUCCAAUGGUAUCCUGCAUAAAUGCACUGCUAUGUUGGUUUCCUCAAUCCAGAUAGUUGCAUGGGUGUAGUCACUUGUGUAUAAGCAACAAAAUAUAUUGCACUUCUACUGAUCAUAGUUCAUCUCUACAUUCUUAGCAGCAUGCUGAUGUUGUUGAUCACGGAUGGAGCCAUUAGUACAAUGAGUGCCGCCAUUGCGCUGCUCUCUUUGGCAAUCUCACGGCUUCUCAGGGUUGAGUGAGGCAAAGAGCCCUCGAUGUGCCUCUUGCCUCUCUUCUACUGCACCAUCCAUCACAGAGCAGGUCAAACGCUCAGCCAGCAUAACCAUGUUAAGGAAGGGCACCAUAUAUCUUUCCAAUAUUCAGUUAAAAAAACUUUUCUUGCAUAAAUGUUGCUGGGUUGUUUCUGAGGUAAGAUACGUACCUUGGAUAUGAUACUCACUUUGCUGGGUCUCAUGUACGAAUAUUAUUUCUACAGGAACACAUUUUCUUGUCCUCUGUGCACAUUGAUACAUUGUCGGUCCCUGAUUUUGGUGAAUACUGAUUAUGUCUUCGCUUUUGUACUACUGCUGCUAUCAUGUCAAGUUAUAAAUCGUCUCUGGGCCUAAUCUAUUAUUUUACAUUAUCAGAUCAAAACAAUUGUCUUCCGAUUUAUCCAUUUGGGAAUCAAUUCUUGGAAUUUCCUGCUGGAAUUCCUUUGGUUUCCCUUUAUUGUCUUCAGACAACUCCUUCUCCAUCACCUCCGUUGUUUGCUUCAAAAACAGUAAUCACAUGCCAGCCUCUUAUGGUGUGUCUUCUUCAACAUUAACAAUAAAAUCUAAUAUUCAACUUUUCUGUCUGAUUAAAUAUUGCCUGUAAUUUUGCAUUUUAGAUAAGAAUUGCCUCAUUCUUAGUUGAUGGAGUUGCACCUCACAGUGCCACAUUUGCUGACUCCUCGGUUAACAGUUUGUCGUGUACUCUCAAAGAGUUUGAUCUAUCAGUUCCAUUUGAUGCUGAAGAAAUUGUAAAGUGCAGUGCAACUAGGACCGCUUGCUCCGAGUAAUCAUUUUCAUCAGCAAGACUUCAUGUAAGGACCUACACUUUUGUGAAUCACCAUCGGCAAAGUGUACACUGCUAAACCUUGACAAAGAUACCGCUUGCUUCCUUUUUAGAUAUACAUAGCGUUAAGAUUGUUCUUUUUUUGCUGAAUUUGAUUACUUUUGAACAAGCCACCGUAUGUAAUGUAGCUUCUAUAUAACCUGCUGCCACUUUCCUAAGUUUGAUCUGCUUCUAAAUCCAUGGUUUAUCCUGGCUUACUGCUGCCUAAUAUGCACGUGAUAGUAUAAACAGGACAGUGAAAGGGGCGCCUCCCACCUGGCACCGCCCAACUUCCACUCAGGCGGCGCCACAGUUGGCGCCCCAACCGCUAGUUGUUGUGAAGCUUAGCUUGUAUGAGAGUCAUAGAGAAGCUGUGGUGUCUUUUUAAGCUAACAAGGCGAACCAUAUUUCCACCAAAGAUCUAAAGACCAUCACCACGCUAGUCCUAUGGGAACUGUGGAAGCACCGCAAUGCGAUAGUCUUUGAUGGAGAAACACCGUCACUUCAGCUGCUGCUCCGGAACAUCGAGCGCAAAGAGCGGAUUUGGAGGUCGGCGGGACUCUUGAAGAGUGAUCCCGACUCCUUUGGUAGUAUUGCUAGGCGGGUAGGCGGCGAGUAAUCCCUUAUAGUGUUAUCAUGUGGCGUGGAGGUCCACGGACCUUGUAAAUAAUAUGUAAACCUUGUGGAGGGUUUCUUCACCCUUUUCUUCUGCAAUAUAUGAUAUGCACACUCGUGCAUAUUCUAGAAAAAGGAUAAAAAGUAAGUUACCCUUGUACAUUUGUAAGUAAUUUGUAGAAGGCUGCAUGCAACUUGCGCAGUUUGUAGCUGUGGACAAAACUGUCAUUUCAUUGGAAAAUGUAGCAUUGCUGAUGGUUGUGCAUGACUCACUUCAUACCAUGAUAUGACUUAUUAGUUCAUCGAAAAAUAGAAGAGACCUGGACUCUGUCUCAAUAUUUAGUUUCUUCUCUUAUGUUGCUUGUGGCCAUCUCUUGUUUUUUAUUAGCACCCUAAAUAUUUCCCACUGAGAAACAUUGUUUUAACAUUUCUAGUUUGAGGAUAUUCCCCGCUUCACUCUUUUGGAAGGAAUGAAGCAUGAAUUUUAUUUAUCCAAGUACAGCUAAUGCCAGUACAAUUUAGUGAUUACUAUUUGGUUGCCUGUCGAAGCCAAUGAGUUCUCUUAUCUUUAUAUCUAAAACAUAACGGAGCACCAAAUUUAUGAAGGCUAAUUGGCUAAUUAAUCAAAAGGAGAGAAGAAAGUGAAAUAAUAUUUUGUUUGUAAAAUAUUGCAGCAUGCAUCUUUAUGCUUUUGUUUUUGAUCAACAUGUGUUCCAUGGCUUUAUGGCAGAUUUGAAAGUGAUAUGCUUUGUCUUUUAGGGUGUUACUAUGGGGUGGAGGAAAGGAGAGGAGAGAGGAAAGAUUUGAAAGUGAUAUGCUUGCCUUUUAGGGUGUUACUAUGGGGCGGAGGAAAGGAGAGGAGAGAUCAAGGUGCUGUUUGCAAGCGAUG